AUGGAUCGUUUUAUAACACAUAUUCGCCCUCAGUCAUUAUAUUGUCUUUCUCCCAUACGUCGAUUAUCAUCAUUUAAACCAAACCCAUUUGAUUUAAAAGCACGUAUUGUUGGACGUAAAACACUUCGUGCCUUAUUAGAUCUAGUUGAUCAAAUAGAUGCAUCAAAUUUAACAGCAAAUAAAAAUAUACCUAUCCCACCAUUAGUUGUUGAUACAACAUACGCAUCAUUAAAAGACCCUGAUCAACGUUUUCCAUUACCUGGACGUAUUGGACCAAAUCGUGACAAAAACAUAACUCCUAUUAAAUCAGUACCAAAACUUAAUCCAUCUCGUUAUGGUAUUGAUGGUAAACUUCUUUUAGAUGAUUUAUUAACAAUGACUUUACCAGUUGAUCAUCAAAAAGAUUCAAUAACUCAAUUAAUGGGUACACAUAUGGUUUUAUCAUCACCAACAAAUAAAACAGAAUUUCUUUCGAAAUUAGUUGAUAAUGAUAAUUUAGAAAUUCGUGCAUUUGAUUGUCCAACAUUAUUACGUUAUGAAUUACAUCGUUUAUUUUUAAAUUAUAACGUUUUAAUGCAACCAUUAACAGCUAUAACAAUUAUAUUGAAAACAAAUUCUGAUAUGUCAGCAUGGUCACCUGAAAUUGAAGAAGAACGAAAUGAAUUAACAGAUCAAUUUAUCAAAUUAGCUCAUGAAGUCUGUGCUUAUUUAGGUACAAAACAUUAUUGGGCUGAUUUUGUUGAUCCAUCAAGUGGUCGACCUUACUAUGGUCCACAUACAACAGAUACAUUAUUUGAAACUGAUGAACGUUUUCGUUAUUUUGGUAUAAAAGUUGUUGAUUUAGGUUGUUGUCGUGUUGUUGAACACAAAGAACAUGGAACACAUGUAUUCGUUGGUUGUAUAUUUACAAGUGCAUUGAAAACUGAUCCGAAUGUUCAACAUUUACUUAAGGAAUUUGUUGUAGCACCGGUGAAAAGCAAAUCACCCAAAAAUGAAACUGAAGAUAACAAAGAUAGUGAUUCCGUUUUGCCCACAAGCAAUUAA